CGAUUCGUCUCAUUAGUUGUAACGGACAGUGUGUGGUGCUCGCUUAGUGGUGGUGUCCGGUCUGUCGAUCGAAAAACAUCGUCAAAUAAUUUAGGCACAUUUCAAAAUAUACAACAAAAAGUGUUAUUUUAAUUAAUAAUUUAUUAGAAUUAAAUUUGAUUUGUUUGUUGAAUAUCGAAUAUAAGUUCAAGCGAUCAAAUGGCUGUGACGUCAAAUUUCUUUCGAUAAACUUUUACUCAAAUUAAGAAGCCAAGUGCUGUUUUUGGAUUGGAUAAUGCUGUUGUUGUUUUUGUUAUUGCUUUAUUUGAGAAAUUAAAAAUUGACGGUGUCUGCUUAAUGCCUCUUUUAGUAAUCGAACUGCAUUCAUGUUGUUGCUAUUGUUGUGGCCUGUCUGCAAACCGAAUUUUUAGUUGGUGUUGUUAUCGUCGUAAACAUCGAAGGAAAUAAGCCAAGAAAGAAUUCGAAAAUAUAAAACGAGACUAAACGAAACAAAACGUCAGUCGCUUUCUUAAUUGUCAAACAGAUGAGAAGCGGGUUUCGUCAUUGACAGUAAGCAACAACAGCUGCCACAGCUACUCAAGUGAAUAACAAUAUCGAAUGUUUAAACAAUAAAAAGCAAACAUUGUUUGUGGAACCUACCUACCUACUUAAAACAACAAGCCGUGUUAAAUCAAGUUAUUAAAUUUUGAACAACACGAACGUCACACAAGACGUUUCUAAUUAACAAGAAUUUCUGGAGAAAUUCAAAACCUAGCAUAAAAACAGAAACUACCCCGACACCUCUGUCCAGUUUUUGGCCAGAGUUAGUAACCGAAUUAAAAAAAUAAAACCAAACAAUAAUAGAAAAAGAAGACAACAACUGAGAAAACAACAUUUUGAAAUUAACGAAAGUGAUCAAACGCUCAUUGAAAAACAAAACCAAAAAAUAAAUUGUCAUAAACCGGCAAGAUUUGAUGAUCAGUAGUCGUAGUAGUAGCAGAAGCAGUGUCACCGCAUCAGUUGCUGUUUCGGUCCGAGUUUUUGCUUUGCAAUAAACAAACGACUUCAUACAUAAUUAAUCGUAUCACAUCGCUCCACCACAGCUGACUGGCUGACCCAGCAACUACAAUAACUACUUGCACCCGCAACCAUGGCGCAAUUCUCCACACAGUUUCCAGUUCUUUUGUCAAUAUUGUUUCUCUUGAAUCCGCUUUCAUGUGUGUGUAGUAGAAUAUAUAAUAUUAGAGACAUGCAGAAGAGAGACAUUCCAACGAAUGCACCUGAUACAAGACAAUACGAAUCAAGCCAAGAGGAACCAACAUAUCAAACGAACCACCGAUCUGACAAGACAAGAGACGAAUUAAUUAGCGAAAUAUUUCAAGUUGGAUUUCCUCCUGGAUUGACAAUAUUCAAUAACACUUCCCCAUUUGAGGUGGAUGAUUCGCAAUCAUCAUCGUCAUAUUCAUCAUAUACACAACCCAUAACAGAGGCUCCAUUCAGAGCUUUAAAGGAUUCGACUGGAAAAUUGACAGGAGUUCCGUCAAAAGAAUUGCAAACAUUCCCGAAUGAUAAUACAGCGAAAGCCACCUCAUCCUCGUCAUAUCCAUUAUGGUCACAACCCAUAACAGAGGCUCCUACCUUCAAAGUUUCAAGGGAUCCAAAUGGAAAAUUGACAGCAGUCCCUUCAAAGGAAUUGCAAACAUUCCCGAAAGGUAACUUGUAUUCAGAUCGUUCGCACGAUGAUUCUCACUAUAGUCAUCCGGUACAAAAAGAUGAACAGAAAAAUCUGGAUAUGAAUUACGUCAUUAGCUCGGAUGAUUGCGUUGAGGGCAAAGCAACAUUUUGUACCGAUGUACGCAACUAUCCGCCCGAAACGGUUGUAGAGGAGAUAUUAAAAAAGAAUUUCAUCAACUUGAACAUUUUCUUUGGCGAAGAUACCAUAAGUCCGGACGAUUUCAGUCAGCGCAUGAACAACGAACCGAAUGUUGAGUCGCUUUGUGAAUCACGGACCACGUUGAUUACACCCCAGGCUGGUUGGAAUAUAGAAUCGAAUUGGACACUCAUUGUCAAUACGGAUAAAUACAAACAGGCUAUACAAAUCGAAGAGUGCAUUAACGAAGGUUCCGUUUGUGGACCAAAACAGAAGAUUGAUCCGCCGCCUGGCUAUAACAUAACCUGCAAACAGAGCUAUAUUUAUCGUUCCCUCGUUUCGAUAGCAGAUGGAAAAGUGUUGCCGAAUUCAUUCAAGUUCCCUUCCUGUUGCAAAUGUGUGAUGAAACCAUUGAAAAACUACUAAAUAGUUUUGUUUAUAUUGAAGUUCAUUGCUCUAAAAGAACUGGAUGAAUAAUGUUAAUGAAACUCGAUUGUGAUUUUAAGAAACCCAAACACUCACAGGAUGGAUGGCAGGCCAAAUUGUCCAUUUCUUAGGUUUUAAGAGAAUUAUUUUCGCGUUCACAAUUUUCUAGUAAUUUCAUGUCAUAUUUACACGGGUUUAAUUACAGUAAAUUUUAUUUAAAAGAAAAAAAUAAUUAGUUAAGAGCAACUAACAACAAAAAUAAUAAUAUAGAAAUUAUUUUUGGCAGGGUUGGGGCCUUUGGUACCCUGAAUUUAUAAUUAAGUCCAACUUUAGUUCAAAAAACAACCACAAACAUGUGUAUGUAUGUAUUUACAAUACUCUUUAUGUACAUUUGCAUUGCUGUAGGUUUGUGAUAAAGUUUACACAGCACCCAUGUAACUGUCAAAAUGACAUUUUAAUGCGCAUUCUAAAUACGAUUUCAAAAAGUGACCAGUGAUUUGACUCUAUGUAAAUAUGUAUGAACUAACCCCCUUUCGGGCUAGUGUUUGGGGUUGUUUCUUUGAGCAGAGUUUUAAGUAAUUUUUGUUUUUAAAUUGUUAAAUAUUUUUCCUUAAAUAUUUGUAAAAAGAAGAUUUAUUAAGUAGAGGAGAAGUAAAUGCUCAGAAAUUCAUUUGAUAAGCCUCCCAAAUUGUACACUACAACAUUCUCUUAGCUUAUAUGUAUGUAUAACCAAAAGACAAUUUAUACUUUUUAUAUGUUAAUUAAAUUUUCUUAUAACGAAAAGUAGAGUAGAACGUUUUUAUUGUUUUAUUUUCCUUUUUUGUAAUAAAUUAAACUGUAUUUUUUCCAUUGGAUUA